GAACGUCUUCGACAACUUGAAGCAACGUGGGGUCUCGAAAGCUGGCAUGCGAUCUACCGAAAUAGUUAUCUUUCACUUGGCGAAGAGCUUCUCUACUUUAUCUACGAAAUACUUUAUGACUUCAUAUGCGCAUUAGGAACUACGCGUAAUUUAUUUGUUGAAUGAACAUCUCUGAGGCUCGCUGUCUGGCCUAAGUGCCAAUUGACACCCUUUCCUAUUCGCGCCCCUGAAUCAAGUUCCAGACCGACAUCAUGGCAUCAGCUGUAUUCUUCCUCGAUCUGAAGGGCAAGACCCUACUUGCCCGAAACUAUCGAGGUGAUAUUCCCAUGUCAGCUGUCGAGAAGUUCCCUAUCCUCCUUAGCGAAGCCGAAGAAGAGUCCUCCGCCGUACCACCAUGUUUCUCCCACGAAGGCAUCAACUACUUAUAUAUCCGACAUAACAACCUUUACCUCCUUGCCUUAACGAAGCGAAACACGAACGCCGCCGAGAUCUUACUCUUCCUACAUAAAGUGGUCGAAGUCUUCACCGAGUAUUUUAAAGCGCUAGAAGAAGAAUCCAUCCGCGACAACUUUGUCAUUAUAUACGAGUUACUAGAUGAGAUGAUGGACUUCGGUUACCCUCAAACGACAGAGUCCAAGAUUCUCCAGGAGUACAUCACCCAGGAGUCGCACAAGCUGGAAGUGCAAGCUCGACCACCUAUUGCCGUCACUAAUGCCGUGUCAUGGCGGUCCGAAGGCAUAAGAUAUAGGAAGAACGAAGUGUUUUUGGACGUCGUCGAAAGCUUGAACUUAUUAGUAUCAGCGAACGGGAAUGUGUUAAGGUCGGAGAUCCUCGGUGCGAUCAAGAUGAAGUGUUAUCUGUCCGGAAUGCCAGAGUUGCGACUGGGAUUAAACGACAAGGUCAUGUUCGAAACGACUGGAAGGACAACGCGAGGCAAGGCUAUCGAGAUGGAGGAUGUCAAGUUUCACCAAUGUGUUCGAUUAUCUCGCUUUGAGAACGACCGAACCAUCUCUUUCAUCCCUCCAGACGGCGAGUUUGAGCUAAUGAGCUAUCGAUUAAACACCCAAGUCAAGCCUCUGAUCUGGGUCGAAUGUGUGGUGGAGAGUCACUCAGGAUCCCGAAUCGAAUAUAUGCUAAAAGCAAAGGCGCAAUUUAAAAGGAGGAGUACGGCUAACAAUGUCGAAAUUAUUGUUCCGGUACCCGACGACGCCGACUCCCCGCGGUUCCGAACAAAUAUCGGUAGUGUUCACUACGCCCCUGAGCAGAGCGCCAUCGUAUGGAAGAUUAAGCAGUUUGGUGGUGGCAAGGAGUUUCUCAUGCGAGCUGAGCUGGGACUACCUAGCGUGAGAGGUGACGACGAGCAUGGAGGAGGAAUGACUGGUGGUUUUGGUGGAAGUAUGGGCGGUGUCAGUGCAGGCAAAGGCGCCAAGAGGCCCAUUCAGGUCAAGUUUGAAAUCCCCUAUUUCACAACUAGCGGUAUUCAAGUACGCUACUUGAAGAUUACAGAGCCUAAGCUGCAAUACCCUUCAUUGCCCUGGGUUAGAUAUAUUACUCAAUCAGGGGACAUCGCUGUGCGGUUACCGGAUGCUGUAUGAGCGGCCCAUGUUGACCUAUAAUGUUUAACGAAGAUGUAACUUUUCGACAGGUCUAGAGAAAAGUUUCAGGUAGAGUUGAUAAGUCACAACUAGUCAGUGGCGACGUCGGGCAUGAAUAUUAAAUGACUUUCUAAAACAUAUCGUUCGUAUACCCGUUUCGAUUAUACAAAUUUGUUUCCGAAGCGGUGUCCUGGAGUCUCUUGGGGCGUCUUCAAACGGCCUUUUCAAUUUAUCAAGAGCUUGGAACUGUUCCGAGACAUGAUAUUCUACCUGUGUUU